AAUGCAAUACUUUUCGGUUUUGCAGUGUCAUCACCGGUGGAGAGUCCUGGUGAGGGAGAAUUAACUACACGCCAAUGCUCCUCUCUCGUCAGUUUGCCAACAUUUGUCCGUAAUGAGGAGAAGGUGCCCCUGGAGGUAUUAGAGAUGCUGACAACACACAAGCACCUCUACGCUGUGCUUUUACACAACUAUCCGAGCCUGCUGAUCUCUUCCAGAAGUUUCAGUGAUAGUGGUCGGCUGCACGAGCAACAGCAGAUGAACGGACGCCCACGAGACCAUCUGUCUGCAAGGUUUGUGGCCAACAACAGUGUGGUAAGCCCUCUGGUCCGCAGCCCCACCGAGUCCAAGAGCCCUGCAGUUACCACACCUGCCGAGGACACAGAGACCAGUCCUCUGCGAGGUUCUUCCCAUAGCCACAGUAGCCGACAGACAACAAGACUACCUACCGCUAGCUACCUCAAGGACCUCAGGGUACACAGACACUCCUUGACCUACCGUGGUGCCAUGCUGAAUAUUAACCGGUACCGACUUAGAGCCUCAUCUUGCCCUGACAUCUACCGGAACUCCAUGACAACCAUCGCCAAGGAAAAGGCUGAAUGGUUAGCAGGUCUGUGGGAGCUAUGGUACCUUUUAGCUGACAUGCUGGACUUCUCCCACUUCUCUAAUCUCAAGUUCUUGCUGUUUGCCAUUUCCAACUUCUUACUGUACACUUGGUACGAUGUACCCUAUGUUUAUUUGGCUCAUAAUGCUAUUGAGAUGGGCUUCACUGAUAAGGAAGCCAGCGUCCUCAUCAGUGUCAUCGGGAUCUUGAACAUGUUUGGGGAGAUUGUGCUGGGUUGGGCAGGUGAUUGCAAGUGGGUGGAUGCAGGUCUGGUGUAUGCCCUGUCCAUGGCACUGUGUGGUGCAGUGGUUGCGAUGAUCCCUCUCAUCUACUCCUACCACCUGCUGUGUAUCUUGUCUGGGGCCUUCGGUCUGUUCAUUGCAGCCAACUACUCCCUCACCUCCAUCAUUCUGGUGGAGCUCAUUACACUAGAACGCUUCACCAACGCGUAUGGGCUACUGUUGCUGGUGCAGGGUGUAGCCAAUCUCGUUGGACCGCCUCUUGCAGGUUGGAUGUAUGACAUCACUGGCAGCUACGACCUGCCAUUUUACCUGUCAGGAGUGUUCAUAGCACUCUCAGGUGGUCUGCUGGUUAUCCUCCCCAUCAUCCAGAAGAUCCAACGCUUCCGCUCAGCAAAACUCAAGAAAGGCAAAAUGGCUACCAUCGCUGUUGGCAACCAUGUAUAACGCUGCAGUAUUUAUGGUUACGUUUAGCCAGUUGAUGUUUUAGUGUUAAGGUCAUGUUCACUCAAUCAUUCUUGGUCUUUGUAAUGUCAUGAAUUGUGAUUGAGGAAUUAUUUACAAUGAUUUUUAAAUGAAAUCAUCUUUUUUAAGUUAUUUUACUAAUUUAUUUUCAAUAUAAAUUCUGCUAAUUUUGCAUAAACUUAUCAUUUUGAAUGGUUUUGGAUUAGUUUGUAAACUUGUGAAAUACAAGAAAUUCUGAUUUGAUUGUAUAAAAUUCUUAAAAUAAUUGAAGAUUUUGGUAAAUUGUUUUUUAAUAAUAAUUUUUGUCUGCAUAGUUUUAUUUGAUAGACAAUUCUCACAUAGUUUAUAACGCUAAUUUUAUAUACUGUAUAACAGUGUAACUUAUGAUUUUAAAUCCUGUUUUAUAAAGGCUAGGUUCUUCUAAUGAUAUUUUCUUAGUUUUAUCUGCCAAUUUAACAAAUUGAUCUUGUCCAGAUUAUCAAAAGGAAGUUCGUAUAUAAUUACUCUAGAAGUAAAGGUUUAUUCUGUCUUGUAAGAUACCUCUCAUUACACUUCUUAGUCCUACAAGGACCUCUGCUCCAUUUAGGGAGUGGGCACUAUCACAGUCAAGCCACUGUACAAGGACUAGUCUCUACCAGUCAGAGCAGGGUCUUCACAUGCUUGACAAAACCUUUUUAGACUGUGGAGCCGCACCCACACCAACAAUAAUUCUUCCCAGUGAACUAAACCUGUCGAUCUUCCUGAUCCUUCAGUAUCUCAACAUUUGUGGUUCACUAACACAUCAAUAUGUGCUCCUACCCAUUGUAUCUCCUGGGGAUAGUUAUUACACAUUUAUUUGUUGUACUAGGUAAAAACUAACAACAAAAUAUAAAUAGCAAUAAAUAUGAGUAUUACAAACAAAUUUUAAAGAGCUUAGAUGGGCUAUCAUUUUUUUAAAGACUACGAUUGAUUGAGUGAAAAAAUAUAGUAAAUUGAUUACAAAAUGGCAAAAUUACGUAAUUAUUUUGUAAUCACGAUGAGUAUUUUGUUUACGUUUUCUAUGUGUGUCUGUGCAGCUAGAAAAGAAACCAUAUAUUGUGCUAUAAUUUAAGAUUAUUAUUUUAUCAGUGAAUAUUGUAACCAGAAUAACAAAUUAAUGAGACAUCAAUCUAAGAUUAGAAGUUUGUCGUAGAUUUCGUGAACAUUGUUAGUCUUCCCAUUGAAUGUUUAGUUUUUAAGAUUCUUGUAAAAUGUCAUUAAAUUUCCUGGACCUGCAAACAGUAGUAGUUGGUUUAGUUGACAUUUUAUAUGCAAGACUUAUUCUGUAGUACAAUUUAAACUGCUUUAACCAUAGUUUUGAUGUCGUGACGGGCAUAUUGUGAUACACAAACUCAUUUUAAACUUAUUAAACUAAUCAUUAAGGAAUUUAAAUAAUUUUUCGUAAUAUACAAUAUAUAAUUGAUAGACAGUAGAGUUAAUUUGUCAUAAUUUAUUUUUAUUAAUUUUUAUUUUAUAUGGUUUUAUUGUUAUCCUUUAAGAACAUAAUUAUAGUAGGACAUUUAAGACAUGUAUUUUCCUGACUGUUUUAAUGUUCACACGGUUUUUAGGAAUCCUGGCCGAAUUUAUGGGUUGAUGGAAUAAAAUUAAUUAUUUAUGGUUUUUAACACCUUUUUGUUGCAAAACACAAUAAGCCACUUGCUUGGGCUGUGGAUUUAUAAUUGGUAGAACAAGAAAAAUGUGCCUUUUUUUUGGAAUUUCAUGUUAUAAGAUUUGUAGCAGUUUGUGUUGGAGGAAUUAUAGUUGGGUUAGAUGAAAUGGAUUAAACUUAAAAUUUUCUCUGAUGAUCUUGUUUAAACACGUUAUUAUUUUUAUGUAUCUCAAAUCUAUUUACUUUUACUUUAAGGGAAAAGGAAAUCAACUGUCAAUCUGUGGCGGUUCCUCUCAGCAUGUGAUGCUAUCAUCCACUGUAUGGUUGUAUUCAAUAAUAACUAAUUGCUUCUAUCCUGUCUUUACUAAGGAGAGUCUUAGGCCCAUCUGUGGCUUUUUCCAUGUAACCCAGCAUCUCAUAAUUUAUGUUUUCUCAUUUUCCAUAACAUUUUUUUAUCUCUAUGUCCAAAGCAUAUGUAAUUUCUCAGAAGCACACUACUCUCUUUUCAAUGUCCAGUGAGUACAGAGAAGGACAGUGUGUUUCAGAUUGUGAUGUCCCAUUCAAAAAAAUAACUUUUUAAAACACCUAUGACCAGAUAGAUAGCAAUUGUGUGUUAAAGAAAUGCAUCUCUCCGUGUUCUCUGAUAGCCCAGUUCUUCAGAAUAAAAUGCCCAUAUUUACAGCCUCCCACUCCAACUGCAAUGUUAAGUCAAAUCCAAGAGUCUCACACUUUGGGACAUCAUACCGCAUGCCGUGAAUAUGAUUCUCCUACAGGUCUCUCACUAGAAGUAAUCUAGUGUGAUCCAGCAAAAACUAAAACUGCUUCCAUCAUCAUUGUCCUAUAUCCAAGUAUUAUACUGAUUAAGAGUCUCACACUUUGGGACAUCAUACCGCAUGCCCUGAAUAUGAUUCUCCUACAGGUCUCUCACUAGAAGUAAUCUGGUGUGAUCCAGCAAAAACUAAAACUGCUUCCAUCAUCAUUGUCCUAUAUCCAAGUAUUAUACUGAUUGUUGCUUGCCUCUGUAUUUGUAGCAAAGCAUCUCCCACUUUGGGACAUCAUACCGCAUGCCCUGAAUAUGAUUCUCCUACAGGUCUCUCACUAGAAGUAAUCUAGUGUGAUCCAGCAAAAACUAAAACUGCUUCCAUCAUCAUUGUCCUAUAUCCAAGUAUUAUACUGAUUAAGAGUCUCACACUUUGGGACAUCAUACCGCAUGCCCUGAAUAUGAUUCUCCUACAGGUCUCUCACUAGAAGUAAUCUGGUGUGAUCCAGCAAAAACUAAAACUGCUUCCAUCAUCAUUGUCCUAUAUCCAAGUAUUAUACUGAUUGUUGCUUGCCUCUGUAUUUGUAGCAAAGCAUCUCCCACUUUGGGACAUCAUACCGCAUGCCCUGAAUAUGAUUCUCCUACAGGUCUCUCACUAGAAGUAAUCUAGUGUGAUCCAGCAACAACUAAAACUGCUUCCAUCAUCAUUGUCCUAUAUCCAAGUAUUAUACUGAUUGUUGCUUGCCUCUGUAUUUGUAGCAAAGUAUCUCCCACUUUGGCAUACUUAAAGGAUAUGUUGACACACACUCGCACACACACACAUUUUAUAAUGUCUGCUAUCAGUUGUACUCCCUGUAUGUGUCACACUUGAAGGCUAAUACAACACUUGAUAAUAAUAAAGCAGCAGAUCAAAUAUAAUUACCUCAUGCAUGUGUCAUACUUCAAGGCCUUAACUUUCAUGUAUGUAUUAAAAACUUGUAGUAUUUUGGCUACAGAUAAAAUACAAUAUCCUAGUAUCAACAUUACCCUGUACAAGUAUCAUACUUAAAGUUUUUGAUCUUUAUUAUUGUAAUACAACACUUGCAAUGUUAUGGCUACAGAUAUUUUACAAUUUUUAUUAUCAGUUGUAUCUUCUGCAUAUGUCAUACUUCAAGACUUUGAUCUUUAUUGAUGUAAUACAAAAUUUGCAAUGUUAUGGCUAUAUUUUACGGACAUACUGAAUGGACAUCUAGUAUCAGUUUUUCUCCUGUUUUUCAUACUUGAAGGCUUAAUUAUGUUUUGAUGUAUUACGACCAUAGAUAUCAUACUUUCUUCUAUUAUUAUGAUUUUUGGCUUCACUGUAGUUUUACUCGUAUGAAAUGCCACUAGUUUUUCUCAUCCAUGUGAUGUUUAUACAUUCUGUUAUGUAAGAGGCUAAGGCAAAUCCACAAUACGUGAGGUCAAAACUAAUUCUUUUUAAUCACCAGGAAUAGACGAAAACACAAUCAAGUAACGUUAAUCACUUAAAUUAGUUGAAUAAUUUAAGUUCAAAAUUGACACAGUAAAAAUCAUUUUCAACUUUGUACUUGCACUUCACAAUUUUUCUGAGGUGAAGAAAUAAGUUUAUAUGGUUCUCUAUAUUCCCUAUUGAUGUUUAAUACUGAAGAAUUAUUUACAACACAUAAAUUGGACCAGGAUCAGGUUAAAACAGUUUUGUUGUUUAUAAUUAUACUGAUAACUUUACCUUUUCAUACAUAAUUUUUUGUUCCAAUUCGGUCUAUGAGGAGUGUCGAUUCACUAUAUCUUAGGUUAGUUAACAAUAAGGUGCUACUAUUGUAGUGCCAACUAAGACAUGUUUCAGUUGUUAAGUUCUUUUAAUGUUCUCCCCGUUUAUUAUGAGAAUUGGUAUGUUUUAUGUAUAGUAAAUUGUGUAACAGUACAAAAAUAUGAUUAUAUGUGAAAAACACUAGUAUGAUUUAUAUCUCUUAUUGCUUUUUAUUAGGUAAUUUUCUUACUUCCUGCCCACCUUGGUGUAUUUGUUGGGGUGUACUUAGGGAGAGAAAGGGAGACAAUAAAGAGGUUGAAUCCCCCUAAAUUUAGUUAGAAUUUGAUUGGAUUUAAAACAUAGGUCUUACUCUAGAUUAGAUAUAUGAUUAGUUUUAGUUUUCUUGAUUAUAAUUAAUCUGAUUUGAAGGUUAAACAAUUAAGUUUCAUAUGUGAUGUUAUCAUUAUCUCUUUCCCCAAAGUGAAAUAAUAAGUACACCUUAUUACUGUAUAAUUCAUUACAAAUUUCUUAUAAUUUUUAAUGGUAGCUAUUUAAUUUCUUAAUUCUAAUUUUUAUAUUUUUUGUUCUCUAGAUUUAAAAUGUUCAGAAAUGUUUGUAUGUACUUUUCUUCUUAAUAAAAAUAUUUCUUAUUUUACUAUAUUUUCUAUGCUAUGUUCUAUUAUUACUGUGUUAAUCUUGAUCUAUUAUUUUGUUUUACAUUAUUAUUAUGUCUGCACAUUGUUUAAAGCUGAUUGCAAUACAUUUUAGAUUCCUGUUUAUUUGUAGAGCAAUAGCGAUAGGCUCCUCAGACCAACUCAUCAUCAUAGUUGCCACAUUGUACCAAAGUCACAUUAAGUUCCUCGUGUUGGCAGUGCUGUAGUCAUAACGUAGCGAGUGAUCCUUGUACAUAUUAUCAAGACAAGACGCGCCAGUCUUGUCCGUCAAGUUAUUAGUACAAUUUUAUAAAUUGUCAGUUAUAUAUUGUGUACAGUAGAGUGUGCGUUAUAGUUGUUACUCAGAAUGUUUUUAUCACUCCUUUUUGAAGUUUUUGUAUGAUUAGGUGCCUCCUGUGUUUUAGUAUGUACCAUUUUGUUCCAAUUACUUAAAUAAUAAAAAAAAACAUUAAUAGCCUUGAUCUAAAUUGUUAAUGAAAGAAAAUAAUUUAGUAGUUAAUGUUGAAAUAAGCAAAUUACUGAAACGGGUUGACUGUGUAGACAAGAGUAGCUGCAUAUACAUUAUUUCCUGUGAUGCAAAAAAUGUUGAAUGUUACAAAAUCCCAAAUGAUUUUAACUCAGAAAAUAUAUUUAAUAAUAGAGUAUUUACAUGGUUGAAAUACCCCUACUUUGCCUUCUCUUCUAUUGUUAUAAAAAUCGUUUAAUGUCUUAAAAAUUAACUAUAAAAAUGGUUUUAUCACAAAUUAAUGCAACGAAAAUACAAGAUUAUUAAAUUAAAACGGUUAUUUACAAUAAGCUAACAUGUUUUAUUGGUAAAUAAUCUUUUCAGUACUUUUAACUAAAUUUUCUAGAAUUUCUUAUUCUUUUACAUGUUUUUAACGUUGACAUCAGUUGAGCUGACAACAAUAACAAGUCAAACUCUUCUAAUUAUAAAAAGGUUGAAGCUUUUACAUUCUAAUGGUGACUGACAUAUCUGCUAACGUCACAGUGAAUUUUUCAAAAUCUGAGUUAUGUAUUGUAAUAUCAUAGAUGACACGAAUGAGUCGACGAAGUCAUCCUAUUCCUUAAAGUAUAUAAUUUUUCAGUCAAUACAAUUACAAUUAUUGAAAAAGGGAGAUGUGUGGAAGAAGAUUGAACAGUUUUAAUAAAACUACUAAAAACAUAUGAUAUAAAAAACAAUGUUGAAGAUUUUUACAAUUGUGCUUCCUAAAGUCAUGUCUAUUACAUGCUGUGGAAUACACAAGAGUAAAAUGUUGGAAGGAAUGUUGUAUAUACUAAUACACACACUCAGUGAGGUGCCUUAGUUUCUUUUCACGUUGGGUGUUUCCAUCUUAGACUAGACAAUCUUCAAGUUUAAGGUUUGCGCAGUUACUGUCAGUGAAGAUUAUCCCAAAGAAAGGUAUUGUUGACUGUUAUGUACAUAACAUAAUAUUGAUACUCUCUAGCAUAGUCUAGAGCAUGCUGUAGACUGUAGUCCUGUCUCUCAAUAGGGACUUGGAGGUUUCUCAGGCCUAGACUAAUACAGUAUUGUACAACGUUCUAUAAGGCACCUGUUUGAAUAAUUACGAUAUUACAUAUUUACAGAGUUCUUAUCGUAUUUACAGUACACAAUAAACAAUAUUAUUUACUGAUCCAA